AUGGUGAACUGGAGGAUUAGGCAAGAAUGGGAGGAAUACGACCUCCAAAGCUCAUACGCUGACAAUCCAAGUAUGUUCUCGAUACGAUUGAACUAUGGUGGAGUUUUUACGAAGUUUCCAGGCCGCAAAUACAUAAAGGGGAAGAUGAAAUAUAUUGAUGGCAUUGAUAGUGACUUGUUCUCGGUGCAUGAUAUGGACGAGAUAAUGGAAUUGCUUGAUUGUGUGGAACCAGGUAAAAGUAUUUAUUAUCAUUUCAAACGACCAACCUGGGAUUUAGAUUUUGGGUUGUAUGCUUUGGGUUGUGACGAAGAUAUAAACCACUUUAGGUCAUACGUGUAUGAACACAAGGUGAUAGAAGUGUAUACAGAGUUUUGGGAAACCAAGCUCCAUACGUAUCAAAUGUCCCCAAACCCUGCAAAGAUAAAGAUACACGAAAUUCCUGAGUCCCUUUGUCGUAAAAGCUUGUUAUUGACAUGGUCAAAUUCAGGGGAUUGUCCUAGUGAAGAAGCCCCUGUUUUUGAGAAUGUAGAAACUAUGGACGAACCCCCUAGUACAUUACUUGAAACAACCUUGGAACAACCCCUUGUUACAUUGAGUGAAACAGUUGAGUCAACCCCUGCCUAUAUACCAAGAAUUGAUAGCCCUUUGACUGAACCAAUGAUAGGAAGCACAUGUCCUAAUGUUGAUGGUUUGGGUGAUACAUUUGAAUGGUGUGAACCUUUUGGUGGGACUCCUAUGGAACAAGAUGAACCAAAUAGUGAAAAAGCAGGUGAAGACAGUCAAGCUAGUAAAGACAGUCAUGAUAGUGAUGACACUGAAGAUAGUGAAUACAGUCAAGAUAGCGAUUACAUAGUUGAUGAAGAUAAUUUGUUAGAUGAUCCAGAGGUGGAGUGGGUUGGAAGUUUUCCUGAUGAUCGAGAUGAAGCAGUAGAAGGUGAUGAAGAAUUAGAGGUUAUAAACACUGAAGAAUUUGUAUCUGCAUCUUCAUCAGAUGAGGGUGAAGCUAGUAAAAAAAGGAAGAAGAUAAGAGAUUUACGAAGAGCACAUAAGAAUGAAGCAGCUGCUGUCAAAGAUCCAUUUUACAUCCACCAGACUUUUAGCACAGCCAAGGAAGUUAAACAACAAAUUUAUCUUCAUUCCAUACAGAGUAGAAGGGAGUUAGACUUCGUCAAGAAUGACAAAAAUAGGAUUAGAGUGGUUUGCAAAGGGACAAUACCAAACCUUGGGAUAUUAGAAACAGGUGGGACCAGCAAAAGUAAUGACAAAGUGGGACCAAGUCAAAAGAAAAAGAAAGUGAAAGAUGGUUCUAUUCAUAAAUGCCCAUGGGUCCUACUAGUGAGUAAGUGGAAAAAAGACAUUAACUGGACUGUUAAGACCUAUGAAAAGCAACAUACGUGCCUUCAAACAAGGAAAAUUAGGGCAUGUAACUACAAGUUUCUCUCUGAACAGAUUGUUGACACAGUGGAGGCAAACCCAGAAAUACCACUUAGAGCAUUACGUGAGAUGCUUGAGAAGAAAUACCAACUUGGAUUGUCAGACAUGAAAGUUCAUAGGGCGAAAACGAAAGCCCUGGAAUCAAUUAGGGGAGAUUUUGCUGCUCAGUACUCAUGUCUAAGAGACUACUUACAGGAGGUGCAGAGUAGAAAUCCAAACACCACAGUCAAACUUCAAGUGCAAAGUGAACCAUGUUAUGCAUCUGAGACCAGGGUAUUUGAACGAGUAUACAUUUGUCUUGGUCCACUGAAAAGUGGAUUUGCAGCAGGGAAAAGAGAUUUACUAGGGCUUGAUGGUGCAUUCAUGAAGGGUCCAUACCAUGGUAUGAUCCUGACAGCAGUGAUGGGAACAAUUGCACAUACCCUUUGGCAUAUGCAGUUGUUGAAGCAGAGAACUUUAAUUCAUGGACCUGGUUUUUAACUAACUUAGGAGAUGAUCUUGGUUUGUAUGCAAACUCCAACUUCACUUUCAUAUCAGAUAGACAGAAGGGGUUAUUGCCUGCACUUGAGAAACUUUUCCCAGCAGCAGAGCAUAGAUAUUGCCUAAGGCAUCUUCAUGAGAACAUGAAACGUAAAUGGAGGGGCAAGGAAUUCAAGGAUUGUCUUUGGAAAUGUGCAACAUGUACCACCAUACCACAAUUCAACAGUGCCAUGGAAGAACUAAAGAAACUUAACAGUGAAGCAUAUGACUGGCUUAAUUCUAUUCCACCUAAGCACUGGUCCAGAUCCCACUUCUCAGGUAUAUAAUAUUAUGUUUAUAAGUGUAUAAUUUUUAAAUAUAAUCUAAUACAGUUGUGUUUUAUUAGGGAGGGCACAUUGUGAUGCUGUGUUGAAUAAUAUGUGUGAGAGUUUGAAUAGCAAGAUAGUGAAGGGUCGUGAUAAGCCAAUUAUCAGUUGCUUGGAGUUUAUUAGGGAGUAUAUCAUGAGGAAAAUUGUCAUGGUUCAAAAAGAAAUUGAUAAAGCUAAUGGCCCAUUAACUCCUACAGCCACUAAGACCCUUGAAAAAAUUAAAGAAAGGGCAGCACAGUGUAGGGCAGUGUUCUGUGGCAAUGGGAAGUACCAGGUUACAAGUGAAGGUACUAAUCAGUAUGUGGUUAAUAUGGACCAACAAACUUGUUCAUGUAAUAGGUGGGAACUGACAGGCAUACCCUGCAAACAUAGUAUAGCAGCUAUAUGGGAUAUGAGGCUCAACAAUGAAAAUGUUGGAAUACCUGAGACAUGGGUACACCCAACUUAUUGGCUCAAGACAUGGAAAGAAAUGUAUGUCUUCAAAGUUGAACCUAUUAAUGGGAGGUUAUUGUGGGAAAAAAGCACAUGUCCUACCAAGUUGAUACCACCAAAGUAUCGUGUCCCUAUUGGCAGACCAAAAAAAAGAGAAGAAGAUCUGCAACAGAAGAUGAUGGAGUGUCCACAAAAUGGAAAUCUGUAACAUGCACAAAAUGUGGAAAUGUGGGCCAUAAUGGAAGGACCUGCAAGGGACAAUCACAGACUGGGAAUGGAACAGGAGAAGGUGCAGUAGGGAAUACAACAGGAGAAGGUGCAGCAGGUAGCAGUGGUGGUGUACAAAAUGGAGUUGGGAACAAAGGAAAAAGCCCCAUGCUUUGAGAAUUUGUAGUUUGGUAUCAUGAUCAUGAAGGAUAACUAUGUUUUUGUUAGGCAUUUAUUGCCAUAUUACUUUGUUGUUAUGUGUUGUAUUUUGAUACUUUGUUGCUGUGUAGGAUAACUAUUUGUAUGCCAUAAGACUAUGUUGUUAUUUUGGAUGUCCCUUUAUGUUAAUGGUCAAUGGUUAUCUUGGAUAUUUU